UUUCCUCCACAGCCUUCCCCAGCCACCAGGGUAGGCGCCUGCUCCUGGUUACCGUGGCAACCGCGAGGAGCCCUAGCCAGCUCCGCUACUGCACUUUCUGCAGCCCUAGCUGAGAUGCAGCGGUGAGGAAGGACAGACCGAGGCAGACCCCGGGUUCUUCAUUCCUUCUUCGCUCCGGACUCCCGAGAGAACGAGGGAAGGCACAAGAAUGAAAGAAGUGUGCCUUAGGGCCUCCGGGUGAGAACCUUGAAUGAGAUUCUAGCUGGAAGGUGGAGUCGCCACACUUAGGAUGUGUGCAGCCACAACAGCAGCACCUGUGUCCUGAGGACCAGCCAACCUGGGAGGCAAGCUCUCACCGGCGAGGAGGAUGCGGGUGUGAAGCCCCAGUCCAUUAAGGUGACAGUACUGGGCGGAUCAGCACCAUUCCACCGCCCUUCUGUGGAGCCGUGCCAAGAGUAGGGGAACAUGGAGGAGAGGAAGCAGGAGACAACGAACCAAGCUCACGUCCUCUUCGACCGCUUUGUUCAGGCCACCACCUGCAAAGGGACCCUCAGGGCCUUCCAAGAGCUCUGUGACCACCUGGAGCUGAAGCCCAAGGACUACCGUUCCUUCUACCACAAACUCAAGUCCAAGCUCAACUACUGGAAGGCCAAAGCCCUCUGGGCCAAAUUGGACAAGCGGGGCAGUCACAAAGACUACAAAAAGGGCAAAGCCUGCACGAACACAAAGUGUCUCAUCAUUGGAGCUGGCCCCUGUGGUCUCCGCACGGCCAUCGACCUGUCCUUGUUGGGAGCCAAGGUGGUGGUUAUUGAAAAGCGAGAUGCCUUCUCCCGCAACAAUGUCUUACAUCUCUGGCCCUUCACCAUACAUGAUCUUCGAGGUCUGGGUGCCAAGAAAUUCUACGGCAAGUUCUGUGCCGGAGCCAUCGACCACAUCAGUAUCCGUCAGCUCCAGCUGAUCCUCCUGAAGGUAGCCUUGAUCCUGGGCAUUGAAAUUCACGUCAAUGUGGAAUUCCAAGGCCUUGUCCAGCCUCCCGAGGACCAAGAGAACGAACGGAUAGGGUGGCGAGCAUUGGUGCACCCCAAAACUCAUCCUGUAUCAGAAUAUGAGUUUGAAGUGAUCAUCGGUGGGGAUGGACGUAGGAACACGUUGGAAGGAUUUCGUCGAAAAGAAUUCCGUGGCAAGCUAGCCAUUGCCAUUACGGCUAAUUUUAUCAACCGCAACACAACCGCAGAGGCCAAAGUGGAGGAGAUCAGUGGGGUGGCUUUUAUAUUUAACCAAAAAUUUUUCCAAGAGCUGAGAGAAGCCACAGGUAUUGACUUAGAGAACAUCGUCUACUACAAAGAUGACACGCACUACUUUGUCAUGACGGCCAAAAAGCAGAGUUUGCUGGACAAAGGGGUGAUACUGCAUGACUACACAGACACGGAGCUGUUGCUUUCCCGGGAGAACGUGGACCAGGAGGCCCUGCUGAACUACGCCCGGGAGGCUGCAGACUUCUCUACCCAGCAGCAGCUGCCUUCUCUGGAUUUUGCCAUCAAUCACUACGGGCAGCCGGACGUGGCCAUGUUUGACUUCACCUGCAUGUAUGCCUCUGAAAAUGCUGCCUUGGUACGGGAGCAGAAUGGACACCAGUUACUAGUAGCUUUGGUUGGGGACAGCCUCCUGGAGCCUUUCUGGCCAAUGGGGACAGGGAUAGCCCGGGGCUUUCUGGCUGCUAUGGACUCUGCCUGGAUGGUACGAAGCUGGUCCCUAGGCACCAGCCCCUUCGAAGUCCUGGCAGAAAGGGAAAGCAUUUAUAGGUUGCUGCCUCAGACCACCCCUGAGAACGUGAGCAAGAACUUCAGCCAGUACAGCAUCGACCCUGUCACUAGGUAUCCCAAUAUUAACAUCAACUUCCUCAGGCCAAGCCAGGUGCGCCAUUUAUACGAUAGCGGGGAAUCAAAAGAUAUCCACCUGGAAAUGGAGAACCUGGUGAAUUCCCGAACCACUCCCAAGCUGACACGCAAUGAGUCUGUAGCUCGUUCAAGCAAACUGCUGGGGUGGUGCCAGAGACAGACAGACGGCUACUCAGGAGUCAAUGUGACAGAUCUCACUAUGUCUUGGAAGAGUGGCCUGGCCCUGUGUGCCAUCAUCCACAGAUACCGCCCGGAUCUUAUAGACUUUGACUCUUUGGAUGAGCAAAAUGUGGAGCAGAAUAACCAGCUGGCCUUUGACAUCGCUGAGAAGGAACUGGGUAUUUCUCCCAUCAUGACGGGCAAGGAGAUGGCUUCGGUGGGGGAGCCGGACAAGUUGUCCAUGGUGAUGUACCUCACACAGUUCUACGAGAUGUUCAAGGACUCGCUCUCCUCCAGCGACACCCUGGACCUGAACGCAGAGGAAAAAGCCGUCCUGAUAGCCAGCACCAAAUCCCCCAUCUCCUUCCUGAGCAAGCUCGGACAGACCAUCUCUCGGAAGCGGUCACCCAAGGAUAAAAAGGAAAAGGAUUCAGAUGGGGCUGGAAAGAGGAGAAAAACCAGUCAAUCAGAGGAGGAGGAGCCUCCCCGGAGCUAUAAAGGAGAAAGGCCUACCCUGGUGAGCACCCUGACAGACAGGCGGAUGGAUGCUGCCAUCGGAAACCAGAACAAAGUAAAGUUUAUGGCAACCCAGCUGCUGGCCAAGUUCGAAGAGAAUGCGCCUGCUCAGUCCACUGGCGUGAGGAGACAGGGCUCCAUAAAGAAAGAGUUCCCGCAGAACCUGGGGGGCAGCGACACGUGCUACUUCUGCCAAAAGCGCGUCUACGUGAUGGAGAGGCUGAGCGCUGAGGGCAAGUUCUUCCACCGCAGCUGCUUCAAGUGCGACUACUGUGCCACCACGCUGCGCCUGUCAGCCUACGCCUACGACAUCGAGGACGGCAAAUUCUACUGUAAACCGCACUACUGUUACCGACUGUCUGGCUACGCGCAAAGGAAGAGGCCAGCGGUGGCGCCUCUGUCUGGAAAGGAAGCCAAAGGACCCCUGCAGGAUGGCCCCACCGCGGACACAAACGGACUGGCCAGCGCCGCCACCAGCUCAGCCGAGAGAAGUCCAGGUGCCAGCAUGAACGGCCUGGAGGAACCCAGCAUCGCCAAGAGGCUGAGGGGCACCCCUGAGAGGAUCGAGCUGGAGAACUACCGCCGAUCGGUGAGGCAGGUGGAGGAGCUGGAGGAGGUGCCUGAGGAGACCCAGGCCGAGCACAACCUGAGCAGCGUGUUAGACAAAGGCACCGAAGAGGAUGUGGCCAGCAGCAGUUCUGAGUCAGAGAUGGAGGAGGAGGAGGACGAAGAGGACCAGCUCCCCACCUCUGACCUGGGCGGGGUUCCCUGGAAGGAGGCAGUCAGGAUCCAUGCCCUUCUGAAGGGAAGAAGUGAAGAGGAGCUGGAAGCCUCCAAGAACUUCGAGCCUGAGGAGGAGGAGGAAGAGGAGGAAUAUGAAGACGACGAGGAGGAGUAUGAUGAGGAGGAAGAGGAGUCCAGUGAAGAAGGGGAGUAUUGCCCCUGGGACAGAGAACUCCUGCAAGGCCAGUGGCUCCAGCAUCUCUCAAAGGAAGAAGAAAUGGGUACAUGUGAAGCCGGGAACAAGAGGCUGCCGCAGAUCAUAACCGCAGCGGAUCCCUUGGCGAUCCAGGCUGAUGUGCACUGGACACACAUCCGUGAGAGAGAGGAGGAGGAGAGGAUGCUCCCACCCUCUGAGUCCUCCGCUUCUAGAGCUCCUCUGGAUGAGGACGACCUAGAAGAGGACGUGGACUCAGAGCCAGCGGAGACCGAAGGGGAAGCAGCAGAGGAUGGAGACCCUGGAGACACCGGCGCUGAACUGGACGAUCAGCACUGGUCUGAUGACAUCCCUUCUGAUGCGGAAACGGAACAUCGCUUACAGAGCCAGGCCAAGGUGAAAGCAGACCUGGAGCUCCGAGUGUCAGAAAACGAGGAAGAGAAGCCAUCUGAUACACCAGAACAAGAGGAGAGAGGUCCUUCCCAAGUCUCCAGCCCUAGCCAGCCACCUCAGAAACAAGCUGUUCUGUUCUCCCCAGCCCACAGCCCGGGGGCAGAGGAGACCAAGCCCCCACCUGCCUCCAUUACCACCAAGGUGAAGUCCCCCGCUGAGGAGCCACUUUUCCCUGCACCUCUGCUCCUCAGAGAAAAGCCCAAAGCUGAAGGCCCGGAGGAACAGAAAACUGUGCGCUCCCCCAUCCGAUCCCAGCCCGUGGCCCUGCCCGAAGCCAGGUCGCCUACCUCACCCACCAGCAGCCUGCAGCCGGAGUCCCUGCUGGCCCCUCCCACUCCUCCCACACCUCCCUCCACCCAACUCCCCAUCUGUUCCCAGCCCCAGCCUUCCUCGGACGCUUCCAUCCCAUCGCCCACCAAGUCCCCCAUACGCUUCCAGCCAGUUCCAGCCAAAACAUCCACACCCCUCACCCCACUCCCCGUGAAGAGCCAAGGAGACCCCAAAGACAGACUGAGUGGCCCUCUGGCUGUGGAGGAGGCCUUGAAGCGGAGCGAUCUGGUGGAGGAAUUCUGGAUGAAGAGUGCUGAGAUCCGCCGCAGCCUGGGCCUUACUCCUGUGGACCGGAACAAGGGGCCAGAGCCCAGCCUCCCCUCCCCUGCCUUGAAGCCAAUAUCCCUAAAGUCCUACUCAGUUGACAAGUCACCUCAGGACGAGGGUCUCUGCCUUCUGAAACCUCCAUCUGUUCCCAAGAGGUUGGGCCUGCCAAAGUCAGCCGGUGACCAGCCCCCACUGCUGACCCCAAAGUCGCCCUCUGACAAGGAGCUGAGGAGCAACCAGGAGGAGCGAAGGGACCUAUCCAGCAGCUCCGGUCUGGGCCUCCACGGCAGCUCCUCCAACAUGAAGACCUUGGGCAGCCAGAGCUUCAACACCUCAGACUCCACCAUGCUCACACCACCUUCCAGCCCGCCCCCACCCCCACCCCCCAAUGAGGAACCUGCAACCCUUCGAAGGAAACCCCAUCAGACUUUUGAGCGCAGGGAGGCCUCGGUUAUCCCCCCUCCCACUCCUGCCUCAUUCAUGCGGCCCCCACGGGAGGCAGCCCAGCCCCCCAGGGAGGAGGUUCGGAAGUCCUUUGUGGAGAGCGUGGAUGAGAUCCCCUUUGCUGAUGAUGUGGAGGACACUUACGAUGAGAAGACUGAGGACUCCAGUCUGCAGGAGAAGUUCUUCACGCCCCCCUCCUGCUGGUCCCGUUCAGAGAAGCUCCCGGCCAAGGAGAACGGGCGGCUCCCUCCGCUGGAGCAUGAGGUGCAGCCACAGAAAAGGGCACUGCCUCUGGUCUCCGCAGAGGCCAAGGAGCUGGCCGAGGAGCGCAUGCGAGCCCGGGAGAAGUCUGUCAAGAGCCAGGCACUGCGAGACGCCAUGGCCAAACAGCUGAGCAGGAUGCAGGCCAUGGAGAUGGUGUCCUCCAGGUCCCGACCGGCACCAUCUCAGGGCAAGGAACCAGGGUUGGAGGCCACCAAACACCCAAGCCUCCGAGGCUCCCAGGAGCCCACCCUGAAGCAUGAAGCUACCAGCGAAGAGAUCCUCUCCCCUCCAUCAGACUCAGGAGGCCCCGAUGGCUCUGUCACCUCAUCUGAGGGCUCCAGUGGAAAGAGCAAAAAGAGGUCGUCCCUCUUCUCCCCACGCAGGAACAAGAAAGAGAAGAAAUCCAAAGGCGAAGGAGGCCGGCCCCCAGAGAAACCCAGCCUAAGUCUCCCAGAAGAUGUGGCAGCUAAGCCCAAGUCCCUGUGGAAAUCAGUCUUCUCUGGGUACAAGAAGGACAAGAAGAAGAAGAGUGAUGAGAAGUCGUGCUCUAGCACACCGUCCAGUGGCGCCACAGUGGACUCCGGCCAGCGCAGGGCAUCUCCGAUUGUGAGAGCAGAGCUGCAUCUCCGACGCCAGCUGAGUUUCUCAGAGGACUCAGACCUGUCCAGUGAUGACAUCCUUGAGAGGUCUUCCCAGAAGUCCAAGCGAGAGCCCAGAACCUACACUGAGGAGGAACUGAGCGCCAAGCUGACGCGGCGUGUGCAGAAGGCAGCUCGGAGGCAGGCUAAGCAGGAGGAACUGAAGCGGCUGCACCGAGCCCAGAUCAUCCAGCGGCAACUGGAGCAAGUGGAGGAGAAGCAGAGGCAGCUGGAGGAGCGGGGCGUUGCGGUCGAGAAGGCUCUGCGAGGCGAAGCAGGCAUGGGCAAAAAGGAUGACCCCAAGCUGAUGCAGGAGUGGUUCAAGCUGGUGCAGGAGAAAAACGCCAUGGUGCGCUACGAGUCGGAGCUGAUGAUUUUCGCCCGGGAACUGGAGCUGGAAGACCGGCAGAGCCGGCUGCAGCAGGAGCUGAGGGAGAGGAUGGCCGUGGAAGAUCACCUGAAGACGGAGGAGGAGCUCUCAGAGGAGAAGAAGAUCCUGAACGAGAUGCUGGAGGUGGUGGAGCAGAGAGACUCGCUGGUGGCCCUGUUGGAGGAGCAACGACUGCGGGAGAAAGAGGAGGACAAGGACCUGGAGGCUGCUAUGCUGUGCAAGGGCUUCAGCCUGGACUGGUCCUGAGCCUGCCUACCAUUGUGUCUGGUAGAUUGGCACCCACCUGACCCGGCUGCGUUCUCCCAAACCACUGGAUCCAGGUUCAGAAGAAGCCUGGCGUCCCCAGAGGGCAGUGCUCAGACACCACGCUGUGGGAAAACCCCAGGUGAGGGUUAUCAUCUGAGGUGACAUCACCUCCAAGGAGAGGCGCCCCCCACCCCCAGACUCCCCACUCAGGAGGGAGGAGAUGGGCAUGUUUGAUAUGUGCCCCAGGGGAACCGCCUUCGGGUCCCUGAGGGCUUGCUGCCUGGCACCUCUUUCGAGUGGCUCCUCUCCAGAGCCACCGCCACCACAGAGCACCUGCAGAGCAGAGCAGCCGUUGCCCUCAUGCUCCCUGAAGCACCACCAAAGAGAAAAGUACAGAGGCAUCUUCAGAAAAGGGCUGUGGAUGGAGAUCCAGCCGGGAGCGACCCCCGCAGGGGUAAUGCUCACCCAGCUCUCGCAGGGGAAGUAGGCAGGUUCAUUAUGCAAGUUAGGAGGGUGCAAGAGGGGUCUGCCCCACCACACACUGGAUCCCCAGUGGCCAAGUGCCCCAGGCCUCUCACAUGGGCAGUGGCCUGAAGCCCGUGGAUUGCUGUGUUUUGCUUUUAGUUCACAACCAUUUUGACACUGGAAAGUAUUGACUUUGGGAGAGCUGAAGGAGGCCCUACCUUGUCAACUCCUCCCCCACCCCUUCCCCACCCCAGUCCUGUUGACAGAGAGGCGCAGUCCCUGGUCAGCGCCCACAUCAGUACAGGAGAGGGCUCUCCUCAGCAUUUUCCUGUGUUUGCACAUUGACAGCCUGGCCAGACACUCAGCCACUUCGGCCCCUUUUUGUCAAUUAACUUAUUUUUUUAAUACUUGAAAGUAAAGCAACGUCAUUUUUAUACCUUUACUAGAGACACUGCCUGUCACCUGCGCGUGGGCGUGACGAGGGGGGGUCUUUGUACAUCCCAUGCAGCCUGAUGCAAAACUGACCUGAUUCUUGUUACAAGCAUUUAUUUAUUAGAUUCUUAAUGGUGUUCCCGACCUGGUUGGAGCCAGGAAGCAGCUCAAGGCCCUGUGGGUCCUUGCUCACAGCUUUUCUGUCCCCUCCUCCACCCAGCACCCUGUUCCCUUUGCCACUGGACUUGUGCAGGAGAAUGGCCUCUCUGUGCGGAUACAUUUCAGCGCCAGGAGGCCAGACAGGCUGUUCUGGUCUUUUGGGGAUCUUAGCUGUGUGGAACCCACUUUGUCCAGUUUUGCUGCCAAGGUUUUACCUACUGUACAUAGGUUAAAGGUUGAGGCUAACCCCUCUUCAUGCUUGCUGGGACCGGGUAGAGUGCGACCUUGUCCUUAGGCUAGCUGGUGAAAAUGCUCAGUCCAGCUAGACAGGAACCUGUACGCUGGUCUCACUUCAACGUACCGGCCACUCCAAUCUUCUCUGCCUACACCAGGAUUUUCUCGACCUGGCAAGAGCCAGUAAGCACCAUGUAACCAGAUGCAUAAACCAAGCUGUUCAUUUCCCGUGGUUUAGCCAGAGACCGGUGACUGUGGCCAGGGUGCUUCUCUCAAAACAGCAGCACAUGGACCGAUCCACUGGUGCCGUACCAAUCUGGAAAGGGCACGCCAGCUGUGGGAGGGGCUAGUGCAGACGACAGCCAAGGGCCCACACUGACCCUGGACUUCCCAUGGGAACCACACUGUGCCUCAUCUUGAACAUCCAUCCACCCAACUCCAGAGGAGCAAACGGCUUUCUUACUCCCUCACCCUGAACAGAAGCUGCCAUCACUCCUGUGGAAAUCCAGAUGUGCUGCUGGCAACCGCCACAGCUCUGAUGUCAUCACUUCCUGGUCACUGACGUGGCAGUAUUGCUAUUUUUAUUCUAUAAGAGGAGGAUGUUCUGGAUUCCAUUUUCAACUACAAUCUGCCAAUCAAACUGGACUUUGGACAGGGCCAUCAUCGCCCGUGAGGCCUUCUCCUUGAGCCUGUCCUCCUCCACAGUGCCACCGGCAAUCCCAUGCAGCUCAGCUCUGUCAUUCCUGCUAACCCAGAACAAGGAAACCAUUUCCAGAGCGACCCAACAAGGAUGCAGGGGCAUGCUGCACCUCUCGUGGCCUCACAGAGCAGAAGCAACAGGUGUUCCCUUCCGCCUCUGUCCUGGUCAGCCAUGACCUGUUGAUCUCUCCAAAGCACACACACUGCUUCCAGCAGUCAUUAGAAAGUGGGCAGAACACUUUGCAGGAGGGCCUCAGAAUUCCACCAGCCUCGGGAGACGUCCCCCAGCUCUCCAGUCGUGACGGCAGCGCGAGGACUUCAGGUUCUCACAGAGCACUUUUCUUAGGCUCCCAGUCUGUAACCACUAGUGUGCAGUUGAUUUCAGUGGUCCGGGGACCAGACAGGAAGUGUUCUCCGCCUCUGGAAACGUGCACAGCUCCAGUCAUGCAUUCUUCCCAGGAAUUAUGUCUUCAGUUGAAGACAGGGAAGAGAGGGAUGUGUACACUUCAUACACACACAGAAUGCAUUUGAGUAAACCCAAACUCAAGGCUAAGAACAGUUCAGGAGGCUCUAGCCUCUAUCCCUGGAGUGCAAGCGGAAGGCAGUAAAACCCUGCUCAGCUGAUAUUUUUGUCCCCAACAGCCAUCCUUGAGGUAAUUUUGACCAGCAGCUGUAGACUUAAAAAAAAAAGAAGA